CAUGCCAAAGGGCUCCGUCCUGCGCGUCGACGAAAAGAGGAGCCACCAUACCGGCUGCAGGAAGUCACUCUCGGGUCCAGAGACUGUCAGUGGACCUCAACACUGUGUCAACUGCAUUGUGGAGGACCUUCCUACGAUCCCUUCUUCUUCAAGCACUCCUCCAUUUGUCGCUCGUCAAGAGUUCUCACAAUUCGGACAAUUGUCGUUUGGGAGGAGCAGCACCUGCAAAAUCAUCGGCGAAGCCGCCGAAGCUCCCUCAUCUGGUCUCUGUGACGGCCCAGGUUUCAUAUCUCACCUGGAUCCUGGUGCUGCCGACUACCCGCCCUUCGACAAAGUUUUUGAAUCUAUUCAUCUGCUGCGCAACCCGAUUACCCUCAGACUCCAGCUGGGGAACUAUCGCCUGGGAGAGUGGUUUCUCUCCCACUA